GCUCAGCUGAUUGGAAGUGUCCUCUCCCCUCCUCCUCCCUCUCAGUCUCUCAGCUCAGCUCACAGCAUCUCCCCAGUUCCCUGACAAGGAGCACAUUGGGCUGCACCACUAGCGGAUCAGGAUGGCACCGAGCGGACUGAAGGCUGUGGUGGGAGAGAAGAUUAUGCACGAUGUCAUCCGGAAGGUGAAGAAGAAAGGAGAGUGGAAGGUGCUUGUUGUGGAUCAGCUUAGUAUGCGCAUGCUGUCGUCCUGCUGCAAGAUGACCGAUAUCAUGACUGAAGGGAUUACUAUUGUUGAAGACAUUAAUAAACGGAGGGAGCCCCUUCCCAGUCUGGAGGCGGUGUAUCUGAUCACACCCUCGGAAAAGUCUGUUCACUCUCUCAUCAGUGACUUCAAAGAUCCUCCUUCAUCUAAAUACAGAGCAGCACACGUCUUCUUUACUGACUCUUGCCCAGAUACUCUUUUUAAUGAGUUGGUCAAAUCUCGAACAUCCAAAAUGGUCAAGACCCUGACGGAGAUAAACAUUGCGUUCCUCCCAUACGAGUCACAGGUCUUCUCCCUGGAUUACCCAGACUCCUUUCACAGUUUUUACAGCCCUCAUAAGGCUCAGAUGAAGAAUCCAAUUUUAGAACGCCUUGCAGAGCAGAUUGCCACUUUGUGCGCCACCUUGAAGGAGUACCCAGCAGUGCGCUACCGUGGGGAUUACAAGGACGACGCGAUGCUGUCACAGUUGAUUCAAGAUAAACUGGAUGCUUAUAAAGCGGAUGAUCCAACAAUGGGGGAGGGUCCAGACAAGGCUCGUUCCCAGCUCAUCAUCUUGGAUCGGGGUUUUGAUCCAGCAUCGCCCAUUCUGCAUGAACUCACCUUCCAGGCCAUGAGCCUCGACCUGCUCCCUGUGGAAAAUGACGUAUACAAAUAUGAGACCAGCGGUAUCGGGGAUCAGCGAAUGAAGGAAGUCCUGCUGGAUGAAGAUGACGAUCUAUGGGUCACCUUGCGUCACAAGCACAUUGCUGAAGUUUCACAGGAAGUGACCCGCUCCCUGAAGGAUUUCUCAGCUAGCAAAAGAAUGAAUACGGGAGACAAGGUGACUACCAUGAGAGAUCUUUCCCAGAUGCUAAAGAAAAUGCCUCAGUAUCAGAAGGAGCUGAGCAAGUACUCUACACAUCUGCAUCUGGCUGAGGACUGCAUGAAGCAUUAUCAGGGGACCGUGGAUAAACUGUGUCGUGUAGAACAGGAUCUGGCUAUGGGCACAGACGCAGAGGGAGAAAAGAUUAAGGAUCCCAUGAGGGCCAUUGUACCGAUCCUACUUGAUGGGAACGUCAGCACCUACGAUAAGAUCCGCAUCAUUCUCCUGUAUAUAUUUCUCAAGAAUGGAAUCACUGAUGAGAAUCUCAAUAAACUGAUCCAACAUGCUCAGAUUCCUCCUGAGGACAGCGAGAUUAUCACCAACAUGGCCCAUUUAGGUGUCCCGAUCAUAACUGAUUCCUCACUGCGCCGCAGAAGCAAACCAGAUCGCAAGGAGAGAAUCAGCGAGCAGACCUAUCAGUUGUCUAGAUGGACCCCCGUUGUCAAAGACAUCAUGGAAGACACCAUUGAUGACAAGCUGGAUACAAAACACUAUCCGUACAUCUCUACGCGCUCCUCCGCUUCGUUCAGUACCACAGCAGUGAGCGCUCGUUACGGACACUGGCACAAGAACAAGGCUCCAGGAGAGUACCGAGCAGGCCCGCGCCUGAUCAUCUUUAUUUUGGGAGGAGUGUCUCUCAGCGAGAUGCGCUGUGCCUAUGAGGUGUCCCAGGCUAACGGCAAGUGGGAGGUCCUGAUAGGUUCCACUCACAUUUUAACACCCACCAAAUUUCUUGAAGACCUCAGACACCCAGACUUCAGAGACAGCAGUCGGGUGUCCUUCGAAGACCCGGCUCCCAUCAUGGAGUGAGGUCUAAAGAGCUGGGACAAACAAAAGCUCCACCCACAUUCUCACCCCUCAGAAACUCCUGGAUUCUCUGAAGAGAUUGAAUAAAACAGAUGAUGAGAGCAGCAGUUAGAUUCCUCUGUCUGCCCCUGUGGUAACCCACCCUGCCCCCACAGCUCCCCGUGACGACCAAACGGUCUCCAUCUCCCUCCAGCAGGAAGUAAAAAGGCCCUUCCUUCAGCCCCUCCACUCGUCUACACGACAGCGCACUCGGCAGAGGCUUUUAACGUUAUAGCAUGGGUGUCGUUUUGGCCAAUUUGUAAUUCCCGGCAAUUAUUUAAAAGUUGCUUUGUGUACGCUCUUCUUCCCUGUUCCCUAUUUGUCCUGGAGUUUGUGGUGAAAGUCUUUCAGCCUUGGUUUUUAUUUGGCUGGUGUGGGCCACGGUGGCUUGCAACUUAUUCUGUCGUUUGUAUUAUAUUUUUAAAGUGUCCGUGUGGAGCAGGUGCCGCCUUCUCUCCUCACAUUUGAACAUUUCAUGCAAUGCAUUCUGGGUUGUAGUGUGGCCUGUUAUUUCCUUUAUCCUUUAUGCAAUGCAUUCUGGAUUGUAGUGUGGCCUGUUUUUUCCUUUAACCUUUAUGUGAUGCAUUCUGGGUUUUGGCAUGGGUGGGUUUUCCCUUUCCAUCUUUUUCCAUGCAAUGCAUUCUGGGUUGUAUCGUGGGCUAGUUAUCCGCACACUGUGAAUUCCUGUCAGAUAAUUGUUUCCAAUUAAAUCUAAAUUAUUUUAAGCACAACCUAAACAAAAUAUGGUGACUGUACCAGAAAUCACCACCCUUAAAGGCAUAUUAUGCCUCCAGAGGAACCUGAGGUAAAUUAAAUGUGGAGACUGUUCAUCCACCUGUAAGGCCCAGACUGGCAGUUUGUGGAUUCUGGCAAAUGGCAGAGGAGCAGCUGAAAGAUGUCAUACACAGUCACUAUUUAGUGGGCUGCUUGAGGGGUUGUUUGGGCCUCUCUGCCAAAGUCUAUUAAAUCCCAGUCUCACCAGUUGACAGGUAGGGUUGAAAAGCCAAAAUCGACAGUUCAGCAGCCAUUUUUCAGUCAGAAUUUAGUCGGCACAGCCACAUGGAGGGAAAAAUAUAAGCUGCUUGCCUGGUUUUAUGAUGUGGAAAAAAUAAAGAUGGAUCGCACACGAUUUAUUUACAGAAAGGAAAAAACUGUUACAAAAAAAUAUUCGCCUAUUUUUUUGUAAUAUUUUUCCUUUCUGUAAAUAAAUCGUUUUUUGUUUUCUUCAAAUGAGCGAUCCGACUUUAUAUUUUUAUAUACACUUUGGAGACGUUUGGGCAGCCUCCAGCACCUGGCAUUGUGUGCGCGCUCUCUUACUUUAGAUAGCGUUUAAAUGUUUUUACCAGAAAAUAAUAUUAGGUUCCCUGUACCCCUUUUAAGAUGUAAAACGAAAGAUUUCGAUUGUGGAGCACAAAAUAAAUAAAGAUGGUUGGAGACCAAUUUUAUGGAAAGACCUUACCCAGGGGGCUCCGCCAAUGAGGUGUGUUGAGAAACUCGCCUCAGGCGGCAGCGCCCCCUGGUUGCUGGCGCUCUUGGUAACUAAGAGCCGAAUUUCCAUUUUUUCAACCCGGAAAUUCUGCUCUUCUAGCGCAAUUGCACUCUCCGCACUAGCAACGUGGACGCUAGUGAUGUGCGAGUGCAGUGUCGGACUGGAACACCAGGGGCCCAAUCUCACCCAAAAACCUUAGACAUGGGGCCCACCAAAAACCUUAGACCAAGGGCCCAAUCUCAGUACUAUUAUUCUUCCUUUCCUCACACAAACUCUUUAUUCUCCCAGUCUCUUUUCUUUACAUACUAUAAUCCAUGAUUGCAUCUAUUUAGCCUCUGUUCUCAUAGAAAUAGGGAAUGACCUGAAAUAGGCCAAAUGUUUAGCAGCAUGAGGGGCCACUGACACCUGGGCCAACCGGGACUUUUCCUGGUAUCCCGGUGGGCCAGUCCGACACUGUGCAGGUAGGUUGGGUUCGGCUGACCCCGCACUUCCAUUUGGGGGUGUCGAGCAGGUCCGAGUUGAGCACUUCUUCCUGCCCACCACCCGGAACUACCGACUUCUUCGGCUUAAUUUUUUUUAGAGACGCACCUCCUGCCCCUUUUGUGCCGUUGUCAGUGGGGCAGGGUUGCACAGGCCUUAAAAUGGAACUCGGGCGGGUUUAGGGUCGGGUGCAGGUCCUGAACAUCACUAGUGGACGCCCCCGACCCCGCCCGACACUGAAAAUGUGAGUGCCGUGGGGAGGGUGGGCGUCAGAAUGAAGGCCAUCUCGGGCGGCAAAAUGGCCAGGAUGGCCCCUGACCUUAUCUCCUUUUGUUUUUUGGCGGGAGCAGAAUAUGCCUUUAAUGAUGCGCUGCAUCCGGUAUCUGUUCCCUUAUGCAAAUGUCCUCCCCUAAUUUCCUACAUUCCACACACACCUAAGAAAUUUAUCUUGUUAAGUGUUUUGGAAAUGCUUGUUUCUGUGUUUGAAUGACCCCCCCGUAUAAUCCCCACAACGCCCCCUCCCUACCUUAAUACCACAUCGCUGAGUCCAAUUGAAAUGAACGCUUGCAUCUGUGUUGUGUGUAGCAACCUAGUUGUCCGAAUUUGGCUCCUGUCUGAUAAAUAUAUAUAUAAAUAUAUAUACAGAGAUAUUUAUGUUUGUAGGUCGGAGGGGUGAGGCUAAGGCUUCAGUUCAUCCUCAAUGUCCCCAUUCAAUGACAAGGGAAUUUUAUUUAAUUUAAAUAUUUAUGUGGUUUGAUUAGAAUAUUGCAGUCCAAGAUCAAAACCAAAAAUAAUUUUUGUGUAAUAGAAAGAGGAGCUAGAUUAUACACUGGACUUACAUUGGACUACUUCUUACAUGUUGCUUACACCACUAACCAAUCUUAAUCAAAUUUAGUAAAUGUUUAGGACUAUGAAAUCAGUAGCCAUGUUUAGUAAGUGGCACCACAUUGCUAUGUGUACGUUUGUCACCCAUGGCAAUCAGAAUGUAUAUGCGGUAAAGAGUUCUUAUGACAGUUGGAUCGUAUAUAUGGCCAUCAGGCCAGUAGCCCCCUAAGCCUCACACCUCCAUCCCCCAGUAAAACUUGUACUGUGAUAGUCUGUCAUAUUUGCCUGCAAAAAAGAAAUAAAUAGACCAGAAAAAAGAAUGAUGGAAAA